GAAUCUAUUUCGUCAGAGAAAAGAGUGGCUCACAAACAAAUACCAGACGGAAAAAAGAUGGGGGAAGAAAGUUUGUUUGAAUGUUCUUUCAUUAAUAUAAUAAUCAUUACAUAUUUGCAAUCAGAGCAACCGUUUUAUUAAUUUUCUCUUUGCUUUUAUUUUCUUUCCCUCAGCUUGAAAGAAAAAUGGCAGAUGCUAUUAUCUCUGUUGUCAUUGAACAAAUUUCCAAUUUGCUCCUACAUGAGAUUGGUUUUCUUUCUAGUGUGAGGGAAGAUGUUGAGCGACUUCAAGCUGAACUGAAGCGGAUGCAGUGCUUCCUGAAAGACACACACCGCAAGCAAGACCAAGAUGAACGUGUUCGCAAUUGGGUUGCUGAAAUCAGAGACCUUGCUUAUGAUGCUGAUGAUGUUGUUGACACUUUUCUUCUAAAGGUUGUGAAUAGAGAAGCGGGGAUGUGUAAAUUUAUCAACAAAUUUACUGCCAACGAGUUUCUUCAUCUCCACAAAAUCGGAACAAAGAUCAAAUCCAUCUGUGCUAGGCUUGCAGGUAUUUCUAAUAGUCUGCAAAUCUAUGGCAUCAAAUUUACUGAUGAAGGAGAGGGUUCUAGUUCUUCGAGUGAGAUGCAACGACGAGUUAGAAGAACAGAUCCAGAUGAUGAUGAGGAGGAUAUUAUCAGCUUGGAUAGUACCACAAAGGAUGUUAUGGCUCAAUUAAUGAAAGAGGAAGAUCAACUUCGUGUUGUUUCAAUAGUUGGCAUGGGUGGACUUGGUAAAACCACUCUUGCCAAGAAAGUAUAUAAUUAUAUUGAUGUCAAGCAACACUUUGAUUGCUGUUCUUGGGCUUUCAUAUCUCAGCAAUAUUCUCCAAGAGAUGUUUUAUUGGGAAUCUUAAUGGAAGUUUCCCCUAGUGCGGAGAGAAGCAUGAUCGAGGAUGAGCUGGUUAGAACACUCAAAAAUGUGUUGAAGGAGAAGCGAUAUUUGCUGGUCCUUGAUGAUAUUUGGAAUGAACAAGCAUGGGAUAGUUUAAAACAAGCAUUUCCAAAAGGGAAGAAGGGAAGCAAAGUUUUAUUCACUACCCGCAUCAAAGAAGUUGCUCUGUAUGCUGAUCCACGAAGCUCUCCGGUGGAACCACCAUUUUUAACAGAUGAACAAGGCUGGGAACUUCUCAGGACGAAAGCAUUUCUGGAAGAUUCUGCAGGCAAUCAAAUUGACAUGGCAGAAUUUGAGAGGUUAGGAAAGGAGAUGGGGAGAAAAUGCGGAGGACUACCUCUAGCAAUUGCUGUCCUUGGAGGCUUAUUAGCCAAUAAGUCAUUGAAGGAGUGGGAGGUUGUAGAAAGAGAUAUCAGUGUACAAUUCAUCAAGUUACAACAGCGUAACAUGUAUGCAGGUGUGAAUUGGAUAUUAGGCCUGAGCUAUCAUGAUUUGCCUUUCAGGCUAAAACCUUGUUUCCUCUAUCUUUCUCAAUUUCCAGAGGAUUGGAAUAUUCGGAAGAAGAGAUUAAUCCGGAUGUGGAUGGCUGAAGGUUUUAUACCACAACCACCAAAAGGAGAAGGAGAUGAGACAAUGGAAGAUGUGGGUGAACAGUACUUAGAAGAGCUGGUGAAUAGAUGUAUGAUUCAAGUGAGUCGAAGGGACCACACAGGAAUUGGUAUCAAAACAUGCCGUAUGCAUGAUCUUAUGCGAGACAUGUGUUUGCUAAAAGCAAAAGAAGAGAACUUUCUAGCCGUGGCUGAGCCUCAAAAGGACAGUAGAGAUAGCAGUUCUUCCAUAUUUUUGCCUUUGACACGCAGGAUUGCAGUUCAUUCUAGCCAACAUGGUCGCAAGGACUCCUUUUUACCCACCGCAAUACCCACUAAAGAACGCGGUCUACGUCUUCGAUCUCUUUUAUACUUCGACCCAAAUUUCGUACAUGACAUGACGAAACAUCAGGUAAUUUUAAUUUUCAAGAAUUUCAAAUUGCUUAGAGUAUUGAAUCUUCAGAACAUAUUUCUCGAUCCCAAGUAUGUACCUGGAAAGAUCGGUAAUCUGAUUCACUUGAGAUACCUUGGAUUGGAGAUUACUCGUUUAGAUAGAACUUCAAUGUGCAUGUGUUUUCCUCUGACAACAUUGCCAACAUCCAUUGGGAAUAUGAAGAGUUUGUACACCCUUGAUUUAAGAGAUAAUUCAGCAAGAAUACCUGAUGUAUUAUGGAAACUAGAAUGUUUGAGACAUCUAAUUUUAAGUAGAGACCAUAGAGGGAAGUUUCGGUUGGAUACAUUAAGAAACUUGGAGACGUUAAAGUGGGUGAAAGCUAAGAAUCUAAUUAGAAAUGAUGCGAUGCUCAAGUUGACGAAUCUUCGAGAUUUGGCAAUUGAAUUCCAGACAACUGAGGAAGCUGAGGUGGUUCUAAAAUCUCCCAUAGUUGAAUUAGGCCGUCUCCGCUCCCUGAAGAUGUUCAUCGAGCUUGGAAGCUCAUUUUCAAAUUGGAAGCUGCUCUUAGGUUGUCGUAAUAUCACGAAAUUAGGGUUAGAGGGAACCAUACCAGAAGAUCCACGAUCCCCCUAUCAAAGCCUGACAUUGCUACCAGAAAGCCUUACCAAAUUGACUUUGGCUUGGACUGAAUUAAAGCAAGAUCCUAUGCGUAUUUUGGAGAAGCUUCCUAAAUUGAGGUAUCUGGCCAUGCAUUUUUCUGCAUAUAGGGGGUCUAAUAUGGUAUGCUCUCUCGGUGGUUUUCAUCAACUUGAAUUUCUUAUGCUUAAUUGUUUAGAAGAAGUAGAGGAAUGGGAAAUAAAUGAAGGUGCCAUGCCACGUCUCAAGGUGCUAUACAUUAUGUAUCUGGGUCAAAUGAAGACAAUUCCAGAAGGAUUGAAGUUUGUCACCACAAUCCGAACAUUGGUAGUCUGUGACCACCGAGAAGAAUUCGAAAGGCGGGUUCGAGUGAUAGACGGAGUAGAAGGAGAGGAUUUUGACAAGGUGCGCCACAUACCCUCCAUCACAACAAAUAUUGGUGACCACAGCAUAUAGUUGUGGCACGAACCGACUUUCCUCUCCUUUAUGAGGUCAUGAUAGUGAUGAGGUUUCGAUAAUAAAUGGUACUCAUAAAGGAACUAAAUGUUGAGGUUGCAUUUGACUUUUCCUCCAUUAAGUAUGUAUUGGUGUUGUUAUUCGGUCUGUAUAUUGCUGCACUCGUCUCGUUCUAGACUGCUGUCACUUUCAGCAGAUAUUGCAGAGUUAUUAGCAGUGGUGAGGAGUUGUUCUUUGCUAAAGAUGUUGCUCUUCAAUGUUUAGUUGUUGAAUCAGAUGUUGUCAAUGCUUUGCACCUAAUUCAAACAAAUUCUAGCUUGAUGGAAGCUAGUAUUUAAACUGCUGAUAUUUUGUAUGUUGUUGCGGAUGUUCAAGUGCAGCAUUUCACACAUGUUUCUAGGGACUUUAAUGGUGUUGCUCAUGAGCUUGCCCGUCAUGUUAGGAGAUUGGAGGAUUUUACUGUCUGGUCUGAGGAUGAUUGCCAACCUUUGCUUCAUUACCUUUUAAUUGCUGAUUGCCAUAGCUAGUGAAUUUGUAUUGAACGCUUGUUGAUGGGAUGGUAUUCUUUUUUCUUUAUACGGUUUUGUCCCAUAGAAUAAACUUGCAGCAAAUUUGGAAUUUCAAAACAACCCAUGUACGUCAACAAUUAGAAAUUCAUAACAUGUGAUGACAUUGAUGUUUAAACUAUGUUAGAAGAAUAUAUACAUAAUAAAGCUAGAGUGUGUUCUACA